AUGGUCGCGAGACUGCCUGUGAACGAGACGUUGAAUUCGGUGCACUUUCCGCUAGAUCCCACGAUGGGAAGCAGUGAUGGAUAUCAGUCCGUGGAUGACAGUCAAUCCCAAGGUAAUGAUCCGCAGCAGGUCGAUAUUGACGAAAUGCUUGCCGAAGCUCAACCUAGGAGAAUAUUCACCAGUCUCCUACGCUCUCCCGAAUUACAGCAAAUCAUAUCUGAACUACCUGCAACCACAUUUGCCGAAGUCCUGCAACUCUUUUCGCCUGAAUACUUUAUCGAGCCCAACAAGGAGAUACAGUCCCAUCUACACCCAACUAUUGCCUUUAAAAACCGUGUUCUACCACUCACUAUUCUGAUGGCUCGUUUUGCAGAAACUCUUCGCAUGAUCGUCGAACGAAGACGUAGUGCCGGUUUUACUAUAGGGCUAGCCGAGUAUACCCACCUGCUGUCCUGCUAUGCUUCUAUGGGGCAUGGUGAGAUGGCGGAUAAAAUAUGGGAAGAAAUGGUCGCACAUCGGAUUGAACCUAAUGUCCAAUGUUAUAAUUAUCUCAUGGAGGCAAAGGCCUGGAAUCGUUGCUACACAGCAAAGGAAAACCACAGGCUUCGGUCUACCCGCUGGAUAUACGAGAAACGUCGCUGGUGGCCCAGCAACCCCGGCUAUCAAGGUUAUAAAACAGGCGAAGAUGGGGUCAGGGAUGAGGUCCAUCAACUAUUUAACUCGAUGAUCGAGAAUGGGCUAAAUCCCAACGAAGCAACUUUCCUUCACAUCAUGACGGCAGCUAGCCGAGAGUGGGACAUCGGGGCGGUCAAAAACACCCUACGAACGGUAUGGGGAGUUGAUGUUGAUCUACUUGACAACGACCAGAACGAUCAUCCUCAAGUUGUAGUUUAUGCUACCUCGUCACCUCUUCAUCCUUCUCCCCGCCUCCUAUACACCGUUGCACACAUUUUUGGGUCUAACAACGAUUUUGCCACGGCUUUGAAGUUGGUAGAUUUUAUUUCCCAGAGUUAUAGCAUACCGGUUCCUCAAUACGUUUGGCAGGAAUUACUUCAAUGGUCUUUUAUCCUUUCGCUUGAGAGAUUCGGGCCAAAGGCCGAGGAAAAUAUGAUCGGCAAGAUUCCACGCGAUUCACCUCUCAAGCUAUUCGAAGUAUGCACGUCGACGCCCUAUAACACACCCCCUACUUUUAAAAUGCAUGAUAUGAUUACGAAAGUUGGCUGGAUAAGACAGUCAAAAAAUCGCACCUUUCAAAACAUGCAUGCUGGUCGCCAAUUAUUCCUGACGACAUUAAGGAAACGAAACCAAUUAUUUCAAGAGUUAAUAAUAAUGCACAAAAAACUAGCUUUUUCGAAAGAGAGAAGCGACUCUUUGCAGCACUCAAGUGCUGACGAUGACAUAUUCAAGAGCUUUUCACCCCAUGAUGAAGACUACAAAUUACCGAAACCCGCUUUCGAAUAUCACCUAACUCACCUUUACCCUUCUAUUACAUAUCCAGGCGCUUACUGGGAACUUUACGACUCUCUCAAACUACUCAAUAUCAGAGUUGCGCGCGAAGCUUUGUAUAUUCAGCGAUGGAUACGAUUAGUAUUCUCGCGACGAAAAUGGACAGGUACAAAAGAACGUUGGGAAAGACAGGAACUUCCAGACUUCAUCGCGGAGUGGCGUGAAUUUCUUCCGUACCGGGUUUUUUAUCACAUCAAGUCCGGUGCUAUUGAAUUUGAACCCGGUAGUUUCUGGCCGGAGGGCCAUCGGUGGGAUCUUGCAAGCUUUGUGCUACCUCUCUGGGAUUCAGAGGAAAGGGUGCUUCGAGCUCUCAUGACUGAGAGCGAAUUUAAAGAGCUGUUUGAUAAUAGCCCAGCUACGGGCGAUUACCAGUUAGAAGAGGGUUAG